UAUCCUAAUUCACACGUGCGUUACCUUAAUCAGUAGCUGUUUAGUGUUCUGUUUUGCUACAUAAAUUUGGCAACAAUCCUGGUAUAGAGGAGGGCAUCCAUGAAUGUUUAGUUGGUGAUUGGUGGUGUCGUACGUGUAUGUCGAGGUUGGUUAAAAGUUGAAAGAAUAUUUCUUACCAUAUAGUCUCGAUUAUGAAAGGAAUUUUGAUCGUGUUUGAAAUUUCGAGAUCGAACUUGUAAGAUUGGACGAAAGUUUAUUAAGAUAUAAAUGAAGUUCUUAGGGACUAGGGAGGAUAUCCCUCGCGAAGACGGUGGGAUUCCAGAUGAUGAGACAGGAUCCGUUGUCGUCGAUGGUCAGAUCGUCGACGAGCUGGUGCGUCUUGGUGAGGAUGAUGUUGGGACUUGGGAGAGAUCUUUGCGACAUUGUUCCUCCGCCUCCACUACCGAUCCGACGACGGUAGAGUCAUCAGCCUGGCAAUGAAGGAAGAUGGAACACAGAUAGAUAGAUAGAGAUAGAGAGAGAGAGAGAGUAGAGGGGUUGGGUCGUGGUUAUAUGAUUUGGCGGGUAUGAUUUUAAAUUUUUAGGGUUGAAAUUAUGUGACUAGGCAUUUUUAUUAGUCACGUCAGCAAAAAAACUGACUUCGUUAAUGGAGACUGACGGAAGGUAAUCGAGAGUGACCAAAUAUGAAUUGUUGAAUUAAUUUUGGUGACCACAAAUGAAAUGAAAUAAAAUAGUUUAGUGACAAGUGAAAUUUUUUGGUAAUUCCAAGUGAACUAAUUUACCCAACAAUUAACUAAAUGUAGUGUGAUUAUCCAUUUUUAUGUAUUCUUACCAAGCGUGUGUUAAACUACUAAUAAUGGUGAAUUUGAAACUUGAGGCGACGAUAGAUAUCAGCCUCAACACAGGCAAGUCAUUACAAAAUACAGGCCACGCCAAACUGAUCAAAUUAAAAUAAGCCUAUUGUAUCAGA